UGUUCCUCGCGCCCGCCCAGCUUGCUGCCGGGCUGGGCACUAAGGCCUUUGGACGGUGCGAGCGUCAGCUGGCCGGGAAGCCGGCGAGCUGCCGGGACAGGAUAGUGGGCCGAGCCGUAGGCCUCGGCUGUCCUUCCCGAAAAGAAAGGAAGGAGCCGCUCGCCAGUCCCCGCAGCCCGUGGAGGCCGGUGAGGGAGACGCCGAAGAGCACUGAGGCUCUGUGGGCGCCGCCGCCGCCAUGGCCGCCAUGAUGGAGCGGAAGUGAACUUCGGGUGCAGGCUGCCGGCGAUAUCGCUUCGGUCUCCCUGCUCGGGGCGCGCGGCGCUGCGGAGCUCGGACCUCCCGGUCCUCGCGACCCCUGCCUCUUGGCUCCCCUCGCUGACCCCAAGACUGAGCGGCUUGGAGUGGCGCCCGGCCUGCGAUCCCGGCUGCCAGAAAGAUGGCGGACCCGGCGGAGUGCAACAUCAAAGUGAUGUGUCGCUUCAGACCUCUCAACGAAUCUGAAGUGAACCGCGGCGACAAGUACGUCGCCAAGUUCCAGGGAGAAGACACGGUGAUGAUCGCGUCCAAGCCUUAUGCAUUUGAUCGUGUGUUCCAGUCAAGCACAUCUCAAGAGCAAGUAUACAAUGACUGUGCAAAAAAGAUUGUUAAAGAUGUUCUUGAGGGCUAUAAUGGAACAAUAUUUGCAUAUGGACAAACAUCAUCUGGGAAGACCCACACAAUGGAGGGUAAACUUCAUGAUCCAGAAGGCAUGGGAAUUAUACCAAGAAUAGUGCAAGAUAUUUUUAAUUAUAUUUAUUCCAUGGAUGAAAAUUUGGAAUUUCAUAUUAAGGUUUCAUAUUUUGAAAUAUAUUUGGAUAAGAUAAGGGACCUGCUAGAUGUUUCAAAGACUAACCUUUCAGUCCAUGAAGACAAAAACCGUGUUCCCUAUGUAAAGGGGUGCACAGAGCGUUUCGUGUGUAGUCCAGAUGAAGUUAUGGAUACCAUAGAUGAAGGGAAAUCCAACAGACAUGUAGCAGUUACAAAUAUGAAUGAACAUAGCUCUAGGAGUCACAGUAUAUUUCUUAUUAAUGUAAAACAAGAGAAUACACAAACGGAACAGAAACUCAGUGGAAAGCUUUAUCUGGUUGAUUUAGCUGGCAGUGAAAAGGUUAGUAAGACUGGAGCUGAAGGAGCUGUGCUGGAUGAAGCUAAGAACAUCAACAAGUCACUUUCUGCACUUGGGAAUGUCAUUUCUGCUUUGGCAGAGGGCAGUACCUAUGUUCCUUAUCGAGAUAGUAAAAUGACCAGAAUUCUUCAAGAUUCAUUGGGUGGCAACUGCAGGACCACUAUCGUCAUUUGCUGUUCUCCGUCGUCAUACAAUGAGUCUGAGACAAAGUCAACACUCCUCUUUGGUCAAAGGGCCAAAACAAUUAAGAACACAGUUUGUGUUAACGUAGAGUUAACUGCAGAGCAGUGGAAAAAGAAGUAUGAAAAAGAAAAGGAAAAAAAUAAGACUCUACGGAACACCAUCCAGUGGCUGGAAAACGAGCUCAACCGAUGGCGUAAUGGGGAGACGGUGCCUAUUGAUGAGCAGUUUGACAAAGAAAAAGCUAAUUUGGAAGCCUUCACAGCAGAUAAAGAUAUUGCUGUUACCAGUGAUAAACCAGCUGCUACAAUCGGAAUGGCUGGUAGUUUUACAGAUGCUGAAAGAAGAAAGUGUGAAGAGGAAAUUGCUAAAUUGUAUAAACAACUUGAUGACAAGGAUGAAGAGAUUAACCAACAGAGCCAACUGGUGGAGAAAUUGAAGACACAAAUGUUGGAUCAGGAAGAGCUUCUGGCAUCAACCAGAAGGGAUCAAGAUAAUAUGCAAGCUGAACUGAAUCGCCUCCAAGCAGAAAAUGAUGCUUCCAAAGAAGAAGUCAAAGAAGUUUUACAGGCCUUAGAGGAACUGGCCGUUAAUUAUGAUCAGAAAUCUCAAGAAGUUGAAGACAAAACAAAGGAAUACGAAUUGCUUAGUGAUGAAUUGAAUCAAAAAUCUGCAACGUUAGCAAGUAUUGACGCUGAGCUUCAGAAGCUGAAGGAAAUGACCAACCACCAGAAGAAACGAGCAGCUGAAAUGAUGGCGUCAUUAUUAAAAGACCUUGCAGAAAUAGGGAUUGCUGUGGGAAAUAACGAUGUGAAGCAACCAGAGGGAACUGGUAUGAUAGAUGAAGAGUUUACUGUUGCAAGGCUCUACAUUAGCAAAAUGAAAUCAGAAGUAAAGACCAUGGUGAAACGCUGCAAACAGCUAGAAAGCACACAGACUGAGAGCAACAAAAAAAUGGAAGAAAAUGAGAAGGAGUUAGCAGCAUGCCAGCUUCGGAUCUCCCAACAUGAAGCCAAAAUCAAGUCACUGACUGAAUACCUUCAAAAUGUAGAACAAAAGAAGAGACAGCUGGAGGAAUCUGUUGAUUCCCUUGGUGAGGAACUAGUCCAACUCCGAGCACAAGAGAAAGUCCAUGAAAUGGAAAAAGAGCACUUGAACAAGGUUCAGACUGCAAAUGAAGUCAAGCAAGCUGUUGAGCAGCAGAUCCAGAGUCACAGAGAAACCCACCAAAAACAAAUCAGUAGUUUGCGAGAUGAAGUUGAGGCAAAGGAAAAGCUCAUUACUGAUCUCCAAGACCAAAACCAGAAGAUGGUGCUGGAGCAGGAGCGGCUAAGGGUGGAGCAUGAGAGGCUGAAGGCUACAGACCAGGAGAAGAGCAGGAAGCUGCAUGAGCUCACGGUUAUGCAAGACAGACGGGAACAAGCAAGGCAAGACUUGAAGGGUUUGGAGGAGACAGUGGCAAAAGAACUUCAGACUUUACACAACCUGCGCAAGCUCUUUGUUCAGGACUUGGCUACCAGGGUGAAAAAGAGCGCAGAGGUGGACUCUGAUGACACUGGGGGCAGUGCUGCCCAGAAGCAGAAAAUCUCCUUUCUUGAAAACAAUCUCGAACAGCUCACCAAAGUGCACAAACAGCUGGUACGUGAUAAUGCAGAUCUUCGCUGUGAGCUUCCUAAGUUAGAGAAACGGCUUAGAGCUACUGCAGAAAGAGUGAAAGCUUUGGAGUCAGCCCUGAAAGAAGCCAAAGAAAACGCAUCUCGAGACCGCAAACGCUAUCAGCAAGAAGUAGACCGGAUAAAGGAAGCAGUCAGAUCAAAGAAUAUGGCCAGAAGGGGACAUUCUGCGCAGAUUGCAAAACCUAUCCGUCCUGGACAGCAUCCUGCAGCCUCUCCAACUCACCCAGGUGCAGUUCGUGGAGGAGGCUCAUUUGUUCAGAACAACCAGCCAGUGGGGCUUCGAGGUGGUGGAGGCAAGCAGUCGUAAACAUUGACACAUUCAGGUGUUGAAAAGUAAUUGAAGUUUGAAGAGGACAUAAAAUCAGUCUUUCAGUAACUAACCUCUGUUCCUUGGGAUUGUAGAAAUUUAAUUUUUUAAUGUGUAAAUCACUCCUAGCCUGUACAGCUGAUUCCUACCCACUCUUGUAAACUCUGCUGCUUCCCAACACUAGAGUGAUGUCCUAGAAGGGAAAUGACAGUUGACAACUGUGGCUCUAUUUAUUACACAGUUUAUCCUUCAUGUCUUCACUGUGUCGAGGAACUGUGUUACAGGACUGUGCUCCUUGAUUUGCCUUUUCUGUGUAUGUGUAAUCUUGGUUUACAUUACCUAGCUGCUAUUGCUUUUCAUUUUCCCUUUUCUACUAAAAUGUUUUUUUUUUAAAGGAAAUAUGGAACAUUUAGAUUAAAUGUCUUAAAUUUUUCCACUUAUAACACUACUUGCCACAAAAUAUAUCAGGUCAGUCAGUACUACAUUUUAAAAAUCCCUCGAGCAGAAUGUGGUGGCACACAUCUUUAAUCCCAGGCAGAGGCAGAUAGAUGCCUGUCAGUCAGUUCAAGUUCAGCUUGGUCUACAUAUUGAGUUCCAGAACAGCCAGGGCUAUAUAGGGAGACCCUGUCUCAAAAAUAAAAAAAUAAAAAAACAUAAUUAACUUAAAAAUAAAUAAAAACCCUUGAAAUAAAAUUAGAGUGUAUGUUGCUGAUAUAGUCUCUGAAGCUUGCCUCUGAAAACAUUGAGCUCUGAGACUUUGACUAAUUAGCCAGGAGUUCAAGACUGAAUGGGCUCUGUUAGCUCCUGAGAUGUCUGUUGCAUAUUACUUUGAAUACAAAUACCUUACAUAUCAAAAAUGAAUCUCAUCAUCUUAAAUGAGUUUGGAAAUGGCUAUAUCCCUUCUUUCUACUUCUGCACUAAACAUAGCUUGAUGGGACAGUGGUGCCCUGCUGUAUUCUGUUAUAUUUGCCUACUAAAGUAAGAAUUGAACAGAAGCUAAUAUCAUCUCUAAUAUUAGGAAAUAAGCGGAUUAAGACAUUAUAGAAUUAAAUAAUUUUCAAAUGUUAAAUAAUUGUAUUGACUGAUAAAUUUAUAGCCUUUGAAAAAAGAGAAAAAAUGUGAACGGCACAGAUGAACUAUAAAUUUAAAACUACAUGGUUAAUUUUGCUCAGUAAUCUUGAAGGUGGUUUUCACCUGUUACACUAAUUCAUACACUAUAAUUUGUUUAGUUAGAAAUAGUAAAUUGUUUGCAAGUCACUAAUAAUUCUCAAAAAAAUAUUAUUGUUGGCCAUAGUGAAUAACUAAGUAUGUACCUAUUUUGGGCACUUAUUUUUCAGAUGAUUAAACUCAAUCAAGUAUAUUUUAAGUAUCUAUAAAAAUAACAGGAAAAGAUUUCAACAUGUACAUCCUCAGUGCGGGGGGUAACUACAGCCCUGUUAGCAGUCCACAGGAAAAGGGGUGUCUGAGGUUACUUGACAAGUAGAGAAGCUGUGGAAGUUCUGUAUUAGAAUCUGGCUGGCAGAAUCUUUGGAAACGUUUUAUAUACAGAUAUUUGUAUUAUUAAAUUUGGAGCCAUAGUCAGAAGACUCAGAUCAUAAUUGGCUUAUUUUUCUAUUUCCUUAACUAUUGUAAUUUCCACUUUUAUAAUAAUUUUGAUUUGAAAAAUAAAUUUAUUUAUUUUUUUAACAGUCAAAAUCUUUGCUGUUGUAGUCUGCAGCCUUUAAUGAUUGUGUUGCUUUUAUGAUUGAAAGAAGCACUCUACAGAUUGAAAAGAGAGCUUGAUGCAGCGAGGUGUGAGUCGGUUAGUGAGGUGCAGGGCUCCUGUAUUCAGUGCUGUCACCGUAAGGCAUCUGGCUGCAUCUAUAAGGACAUUCUUUCCAAAUGAAAAUUUGCUUUGGCAGUUUUCAUAAUGGAAAAAAAAAAUUCCUUUGUCUGAGUAUAGUAGUUUUAAGAUGUAUCAUGGGUAUUGGUGCUUGUAUAACACACAAUGAAUUGUAACUAGCAUGUUGUUAAGAAAACACAUUGUUAGUUUUUUUUAAUCUUAAAUGUUUCUUUUCUAUUUAUAAUUUCAAGCUUUCAUAAGGUAUACUAAGAAUUUCAUAAAUUUCUUUUCAAUGAACUGAACUCUUUUUUGCUAUGAUAGGUCAUUAAAUAUAGCAUUCACACAAAAUGGACAUUUUUAAUCACCUAGAAUAUUGAAAAUAUUUUAAUUUGCAGUGUCUUUUUUGUGACUGGAUAUAUUAAUGUUCCUCUGAGUGGUAUUGGUAAUUGGUUCAGAAGAGAAACUCAAUGAAAUAAGAAUAGUAUUUAUUCAUGGUGAUCAAUUAAAUUAUUUGCCUAAUUUAAGGAAACUAACUACUAUGCAUAACUGAAUUUAUUUGCAACUCUCAGUUUGAUUUGAGGUAACAGAAGAGAGUCUAAGCCUACCUGUGGAAUAUGUUGUUUUAUUUUCAGUGUUUAGGGUUACAUUUGAACAUAAUUGGUUUGGGAAAACGACAUAUAAUUUUAAGUUAACCUGCAUGCUGUAAAUGUGUUUAAAUAAAGAAAAAUCUUUUUGAAAUGUCA